CAGAUUAGGGUGAUGCUUCAGUCUGUCCUGGUGAAGAGGCAGCUGCAUGAGCUGAAAAGUGAUGAUGUGGAUUGACUGGUCCAUCAACCCAUCCCCAGGUUAAACAGAUUAUUAUUUAAGGAAUAAGAUCAUGGGUACAAUGAGUUGAAAUUAGCUUCCUGAAUAGGUGGGCUGGGAGCUGAACUCCUAAUUUUCCACAAAAUAUUACUGAAAUCUGGCCUUGUUUUUAUAAACCCAGUGUGGUGUGUUGUAUUGGAUGCAUCUUUACCAAUACGUCACAUGCAGUUGGUGUUACCCCAGUACAUAUGAAAAAUAUUUAGGUUUAUUUUUCAAUCACUGGUUCUACAGUGCAGCAAUUUCUGUAUUCUCCUAAAAAAUUGUUAUAUUAAAUUAGAUUUUUUUUAAUUUUUAUUUUCAGUUACUUUGUUCACAUUUCCUGCUGUUAGUUUUGAUUCCUGUUACCAGCAGGUGCUACAGAUUGUGACUCACCCGGUCUGUAUUACUGACGAUCUUCCUCUUUAUAAAGUUUGACUCUUCUCUGUGAUCAUGGUUUAGUUUCUGUCUGUAGAAUAGUUUUUUUCUGCAUGUAGGGGCUCUUAAUUAGUCAAUUUAAUUUCCUCCUUUUCUUCUUCCCUUCAACAAAGUUAAUGAGUGAGUUCACCUUUUGCUUUCUCCCGUUAUCCUUCUGUCUUGCUGAGGUUUCUCUACAUUCAGGCUCUCACUCAUCACUAGAUUAAUCAGAAGCAGUACUGGUCUUCAUUUUUCUAACAUGCCAGGCCAUGCAAAGAACUUUAAAGGUUUAGCACGAAAAAAAUAUCUUUAAAUGAAAGUUUUGAAUGAAUAUACACAAUGAUCUAUUGAAUAAAACAACCCACAUGAAAACGGAUAGCAAACAUAUAAAUUCAAAUGUUCCUGCUAUGUGUCUGUCUUCUAAGCUUUGCUAAUAUUUUAGACAUUUUCUCCUGGUUUUUGCUGAGAUUCUCUUCUUUUAUUCAAUCCCAGUCUCUGUGUGACUAAACUAAAAUAAGUUCUUCAUCUCAAUUAAACACAUUGGUUUCUCUCACUUAUAAAUUGAAACUGGCUUAUCUUGUCCACUCACAGACUCAGAUCUAAAGUUUGUCUACCGAUUUAUUCCAAUGGUCAAUCUGAUAUGCACAAUAUUUAUCUAUGAAAAUUACUAACUUUGAGCGGAUAAUUUUUUUCUUUAUUCAUUUAUGUGGAUUUUUUUUUCCCUUCAAGGUGCCCAUUUUUGAACAUGUCUCUCACUUCUAGGACCACCCUUAAGUCUAAAAGUCCAGAGAUAAGACAGAGGAAUGAAAAAUGUUCUGAAGAAUCUAAUCUGCUGAUAUUUUUGCUUUACCACCUCUUGAUAUAUGAACAGAUCAGGUUGUUUAAAGAAAUAAUAAGAAAUAUUAUUUUUUUAUUGAACCUUAGUUUUAAAUUGCCACACCAACAUAUACAAUUCCCAAGCUUCUCCUUUGGUUUUUGGUUUUCGGGUCCCCCCCAAACCCCUUCUGACCACCCCUUAAAAACUUUGUGGAUGUGCUCCUGCUCAAGAAGACUCGGGAAGCUACAAAUAAAAUCGGUAAUUAAUAGCCUGAUUCCCUGUAAGCUUCCAUGGUCGAUCAGUCACAGAUCAGCGUGCAUCAGUCCCUUUGCUAUUUCUGAUUAAGUUGCUGUGCAUCCCGUCACGCCGCCAGGAGUUGUGCGCAGCUCCCCGGACGUGCUCGCGUCGCGCCGCUCCGCGCCGCGCCUCCCCCUCUUCUCCUCCCGUUCUCCCUCCCUCCAAAGGUGACCGGGGAGUCGCGCUCCGUGCCCGUUAUUUACCGUCCCGAAGUUGAAGCGGAACCUGACGCAGAUCGGCUGAUGGAGGUUCUCUGCUGGGCGUGCAGCUCCUCUCUCCAUCCUUCCACCCUGCAGGUGAAUCGUUCCUCACAUGUUCGUCUCUGCGCUGCUGCGCUCUUCUUCGCCCGGGCUUCGUCUUCAUCCAAAGUCAUGUCCCCCCUGACGCUCAGAUGUUGGUGAAAGGACGCGCAUGCGUUGAUUUAUUUUGGAAUACUAAUUUUGCCUCCUAAGUUGCGUCCCUGCGAGUAUCCGAUGUGGAAGCCGCUGGCAGCAUCAGAGUUGCCAGCAAUGUGGAUUACAGUCUGCAGCGUGUCUCUGCUCAUCACUGUGGUCUGCGGUGCGCAAAGCGCAAACGAACCCAGCAACAUGUCCUACGUAAAAGCGACUGUUGACAAGUUGCUGAAGGGCUAUGACAUCCGUCUGCGGCCUGAUUUUGGAGGAGCUCCGGUGGAUGUGGGGAUGAGAAUAGACAUCGCCAGCAUUGACAUGGUGUCUGAAGUCAACAUGGACUACACCAUCACCAUGUAUUUCCAGCAGUCUUGGAGAGAUAAGCGGCUGUCCUAUACAGGCAUUCCCCUAAACCUGACCCUGGACAACCGGGUGGCUGACCAGCUUUGGGUUCCUGACACCUACUUUAUUAAUGACAAGAAGUCUUUUGUCCAUGGGGUGACUGUCAAGAACAGGAUGAUCCGACUACACCCUGACGGAACUGUGCUUUACGGCCUCAGGAUCACCACGACAGCCGCCUGCAUGAUGGACCUUCGCAGAUACCCGCUGGAUGAGCAGAACUGCACCUUGGAGAUCGAGAGCUAUGGGUACACCACAGACGACAUUGAGUUUUACUGGCAGGGAGGAAGCAAUGCGGGGUCAGUCACUGGAGUGGAGAACAUUGAGCUGCCUCAGUUUUCCAUCAUUGAUUACCAAACCCUGUCCAAGAAAGCUGUGUUUGCCACAGGUUCGUAUCCACGACUGUCACUGAGUUUUAAACUCAAGAGGAAUAUUGGCUAUUUCAUUCUGCAGACUUACAUGCCAUCCAUCCUGAUCACCAUCUUGUCCUGGGUCUCCUUCUGGAUAAAUUACGAUGCGUCGGCUGCCAGAGUGGCUUUAGGUAUAACCACGGUGCUGACCAUGACCACCAUUAACACCCACCUGAGGGAGACCCUGCCAAAGAUCCCCUACGUCAAGGCCAUUGACAUUUAUCUCAUGGGCUGCUUUGUCUUUGUGUUUCUGGCCCUGCUGGAGUAUGCCUUUGUUAACUACAUCUUUUUUGGCCGUGGUCCUCACCUACAGAAGAAAGCAGCGGAAAAGGCUGCUAAGUCCAACAAUGAGAAUAAGGGUCGACUGGAGAGCAGUAAAGUGCAGGUCGACGCUCAUGGCAACAUCCUUCUGACGAACCUCCCCACUGAGAUGGGGGGACCGGAUAUGAUGGGCGCCCUCAACGAUCCUCGGGCCACCAUGUUCUCCUACGACAGUGCCAGCAUACAGUACCGCAAGCCCAUGACGAGCCGGGACCUGUAUGGACGGCCAGCCCUCGACCGGCCAAUUGGACACAAGAAAAGCCGCCUGCGGAGGAGAGCUUCACAGCUGAAAGUCAAGAUCCCGGAUCUCACAGACGUCAAUGCCAUAGACAAGUGGUCCCGGGUCGUCUUCCCGAUCACAUUCACCUUCUUCAACUUGGUCUACUGGCUGUAUUACGUCCACUAGGGCAGCGGUUGUGAGCAUGAGCGGUAGAUGAUGGGUACUUUUUUUGUUGUUUAUUUCUCAAGGGAAGCUCAAUCCUGUACAGUAAUGAAAGUAGAAGAGUUCAGCCCAUUUGUACAAAUCCUCUUUUGGAACGAGUAGUUCUAGUCUUUACAGUGUAAAUACAAUUUAAUAUAUGAAAUAUAUAAAUGGAUAUAUAUAAAGACAGAGAUAUAAUUUAUUAAAAAAAUUCAAUUUUGCUGUAUACAUACAGUUAGUUAUAGAGAAAGAAGUAGUGGUGAAUUAAAGACAGUAAAGUUUUGGUAUUUACAGGUUCAAAGAUGCCAAAAACACAAUGGUGGCUUUUGUUUGUCUUCUUUUCUUUUAGCCCUCCUUUGCAUGUUAAUAGAAGUCAACUUUUGUUUGCUUCCAAUGCAAAAAACAAAAUAGAAACCGAACAAAAACACAAGGUAACUCAAACAGGAUUAAACUUGAGCUGAGUAAGGUUAUUGUGGAAAAAAGGGACAAAACAUAAGACUGAUGCAGAGAUUAAACUCUCCAUCCAUCCUUGCAUACUUACUACAUCCAUACAUCUGUAUAGGUAACCAACCAAUCCAUCAAUCCCUCUCUCUCCUUGCAAAAUCAAAGUGUGGUCAAGUCAGAAGGAAUAUAUAAUCCUUUCACUUCUGUUUCUGCCUCCAAGACUCCUCCCAGUAUGCUAUACCUGGAAAGUCUUCCAGCCGAGGCCUCCUGAUCAGAAGAUCUUAUCCUUUAGGACAUGAUCAAAAACUAAUGAUCAAAGGUGAAGGUGGGAAGGUGGACCAGUAAAUCCAGAGCUUAGACUAAAGCCCAGCUCAGUUUGGUCUUCACCAUGAUAGACAGCAACAACACCUUCAUUACUACAGGCAAAAUCUAAUCCAUCUAUUAAUUUCCUGCUCCAUCUUGCCAUCAUCUGGGACAAAGCACCAAUGUACUUCCUGUAUUCCUAGACCCAGGAUCACUGGAGUACCCAGGUCCCUCCAUAACAUUAAAGUGGUUCUGCUGAAGGAAUUUUGUUCUUGAUCGAGUUCUCACUGGUCUCUGACCUUUUCGUUGUUUGUAGAAAACUGAUGCACAUUGAAGAUUAACUAGAAUUGUUAAACCUGCUAAAAUUAGGCUUUAUUAUUCAUAAAUGCUGGCAAUAUUCUGCCCAAGAGCUGCAAGUCUGGUAUCUCACCUGACCACCUGCUGAAUCAGCUCUUCAUCAGAGAACUAUCUGAAUCGAACUUAACAGAUAUGUGAAAGUCACACAUUGAACCAGACUCCAGGAUUUAGAGUACACAUGGAUUCAAAGCUCUACUGUAAAUUAAUAACUCUGGUGCUGUUAUUUGAAACUUAAACGUCAGCUAACUUUUUGAUCGCAUCCAGUGAGCUUUGUGCCCUCUGUGCAUUAAACAACAUUUGAGCUGCAGCUGUAGGUUUCCCAGCUCGGGUUUAUCCCAGUCUAGAUGAUGUUUCAGUAAAGAUCUGUUGUAUUUUUGCCUCUCUUUCUGCUGGCCUUAUGUUUAUAGAGAAGGUAGAGCUAAAUUUCAUUUACAAAAUGGAAACUUCUUUUUAUGCCGCUGUUUAAACAUUUCACACCCAGAGAUAGAGAUAUAUUGGAAACCUGGUGCUUAUAUUUUUUACUACACAAGUCCCACAAAUUUUAAUGGAAGACGCCAAGUCAUCUGGCUCUUUCAGCAGGAAAGGCCUCUUUUGGCAUUUAGAACUGCGUCACAUGACUUUUUAUUCUGCAGCAGAGAGAAAUGAUUAAUUUUGCUUAUCUACAGAGACAAACAUUUCCUUUGGAAAAAGUCCACCGAAAUUUAUCUAUGAACUCUUUUAAUCUGAUUAUGCUCCUAUAUUUUAGUUCAUUUGGAGAUAUAGAAUAGAUUUUUAUCAUCUAAAAAUGUUACUUUUUAAAACUUAGAGCAGCAAAUUCCACACUAUGCUUUUUUUUUUCGUCCUUAAUUUUACACUUCUUGACAAAAUGGUUUAGCACCCAGGGAGUGGUGGAAAUUAAAUUAACUGUUGUAUUGCUGUAUCUCUUGCAGGGUGUAGACCUCCUUUAGGCUUGGAUGUAACGCUUGAUACAGACACUGUGUCUUCUGCUGCAGUAGGGUUGUCCACAUCUUUGCUUUGGCACUGAUUCUUAGCUGAUUCCAUGUAUGCUUGGUGUGUUGUCAGAAACUCAGAGUCCCUUAUUUAUAAUAUGAUACAACUUGUCUUCAAUUUUUACCCCUUAGUUAUUGUGCCACUAGAAAUGUUGCCAUCUUUGCUCUAAGACAGUGGUGUCCAAAGUCGGUCCUGGAGGGCCGGCAUCCUGCACGUUUUAGUUCUCUCCCUGGUGGUACCAACAA